AUGGAAAUAACGCCUACUAAAAGAAAUCGUCAAGGAAAGAUUAUUCAUACCUGCCAAAAAGAAAUGAUCAUUAAUUUGUACAAAGACCUCAUGAGAAAGGAACCCGAGAUCAGAUACGAAGAUUUACUAUUUAGACUGUCAGAAGGAUCAGGAAUUGGCAUCGGAACAAUUAAGAAGACGUUACGUGAGUACAAAUCUACUGGUAAAGUAUCAUCACCAAAAAAUAAGAAGUUACGAAGUACAAUUUGUGAAAAAUUGGACGAUUUUGACAAGAAUGCGAUUCGACAAAAGAUCCAUCAAUUUUGGUUUAGGAAAGAAAUUCCAACAUUAGCAAAAAUUAUUCAAGCUGUUCAAGAUGAUCCUGACCUACCAAAUUUAUCUCGUUCUUCGUUUCAAAGGUUAUUAAAGGAUAUGCAGUUUGAGUACACAAAAAGAAAUAGGAAUAGUGCUCUCACUGAACGUGAAGACCUCGUUUUAUGGCGGCGUCAAUAUAUCUCCCAAAUACGACGUUAUCGCCAAGAAGGACGAACAAUAUAUUAUCUUGAUGAAACGUGGGUUAAUGUCGGAGAUUGUUCAUCGAGAGUUUGGGUUGACAAAACUGUUAAAUCCCACAAAGACGCAUUUCUAAAAGGUUUAACAACUGGUGCGCGUAAUCCGACAGGUAAAGGCAAACGUCUUAUUGUCUUUUGUAGUAUUUUGCCUAAAUUAAAUGACAAUGCGGUAAUAAUACUGGAUAAUGCUCCAUACCACUCGGUGAAAAAAGAGUCCAUACCAACAACUGCAUGGACAAAGGCCAGGAUACAACAAUGGCUCGAAUCAAAAGGUGUAGUUAUUACGGAACCUUUGGUAAAAAUCGAGUUGUUACAAAAAGUUAAACAAAUCAAAAAUCAAUUUGAAAAAUACGUUGUAGACGAAGAGGCAAAAAAACAAAACAAAACUGUACUGCGUUUACCACCGUAUCAUUGCGAACUCAAUCCAAUUGAGUUGGCAUGGUCGGUGGUAAAAGGACAUGUCAAGACCAAUAACACAACUUUUAAAUUAAAUGACGUUCGGCAAUUAUUAAUUGAUGGUAUACAGCGAGUGACUCCGGAAAUGUGGUCCAAUUUCAUUUCACAUACAAUAAAAGAAGAAGAUAAAUUUUGGCAAAUAGACUUCAUUUCGGAUGACAUAUUGGAAGAAAACGAAUCACAACAUGUACUAACAAUUACCGGACAAACAACUUCAGAUGAUAGUGACUAA